AUGAUAUCGAAAACAAAAAUUUUUAAAUGCGUUAUAGCCUUUAGUAUUCUCAUUCAACCUGCGAUUGUUGCCUAUAUAAAAUUUAUAAAUUUGAGGUGUGUUGAAUACGACAAACCUUUCGACGAUUUCCGACAGUGCAAGCUUAAGGCUUUGUCCCGCAAUGCGAUCGCGCUUUCCUUUCAUGUGCGACUUUUUCAAGUGCCAGUGAAUAAUGUCAGCGUUAAUUUGGAUGUUUAUAAAAAGGCGAACGGCUAUCGUCCUUUCAUGCUUAAUAUAAUAACGGGUUUUUGUCAGUUUCUAAAAAAUAAAAAGCGUAUACCAUUUGGCAAAUUGUUAAUGGAUACCGUGGAGGCCUAUUCAAAUAUUAAUCAUGCUUGCCCAUUUGACAAUGACAUUAUUGUCAGGGAUAUGGUGUUAAAACCAGAACAAAUGCUGUUACUUCCUGUGCCAAUGGGUGAAUACAUGUUGAGAAUUUCCGUUGUUGCUUAUAUAUGUACAAGUAAUGGAGGGUUAGGCAGUUUACCGAUUUGGCAUUCAAAUAAGUUGUUUAGCUCCAUGUCAGGGGGAGCAGUAUAA